UGGAGUUACAGGGAAUGGCUUAUUCCUGGUUAUAUUGUCUUUAAUUUUUUCGAGACACUUGACGAUACUGAUCAAAAUUUCAUUGGAUUCAACCUUUUCCUUCAAUCCUUUGGAAGUGUUGCAUUUUUCAUUUCAACUUUUCAAUUUCUCUCUUUUCCACUUUAAAUAUAAUCAACAAUUCUUGGACAAAGUGAUCGCUAAAUAUCAAGUUAUAAACAUUGAUUACGACCAUCAGACUCGAAAGUUUUUCUGGACUCAUCGAAUAAUCUACAGAAUUUUGCUUAUUUUAAGUUACAUGCCACAAGCUCUACAUGAUAUGCAUGUUUUCAAGCAUUCUUGGCCACAUCAGAGUGCAACUUCUGCCUCAACACCGAACGAUGCGUUGGAUUAUUGGCUGUCCAUUUUGUCAACUGCAAUUUACUAUCCUUUCGCUCUAUCACAAGACAUAAUUUUAAUCGAUUUAGCAAUGCUGUCUCAAGUAACACUCCAUAACAUCAAUGAUAAGUUGAAUGCGGUUAGUGGAGAGUUGCAAGUUGAGGGCAAUAAGUUGAACAAUAAGGUUAUCAAAAUGCUUCGCUGGCAAUAUCUUUUGAUUCAUCGAUUGGUUGAUGAAUCAAGUUCGUUCAUGAAUCUUGCUACAUUUGGUUUGAUAAGUCAUUAUGUGUACUUCGUAAUCGUCGACUUUUAUACUUUGGCAUUUGAUAAGCAAAUUGUACCAAUCAAAAUUAGUUCAAUGUUUGCAUCUAUGGGAAUACUUCUUGAACUCUGUCUGAUAACUCAUUCAGUUGUAGCCAUUUACAUCAAAUCUCAACAACCUUUACCAAUUUUAUAUAAGCUAUCGUUUAAAACGUAUUCAUUUCACGUUCUUAAUGAGAUUUCCCUGUUCCUUUACCGUAUCGGUUUCAAUGAUAUUGGAUUCUCUUUUGGUGGCCUUUUCAUGAUCACUCCAGACUUCACAUCUACUCUGGCUCUUGUAACAAUUUCAAUAAUCAUUGCUAUUCCGUCAUUUCAUUCAGCUUGA